UUGAAUGAUGAUGUUCUUAUGCUGCAUAUGACUACAUCUGCGAAAAUCAUGUUAAUGUUUUAGGAGAAGAAGAAAACGAUGUCGCUGGUGGAUUAUGCUUCUUCAGACGAUGAAGAAGCAGAAUUUAAAGACUUGAAAACCCUAAAGGGUAAGCCAGAUAUUGCAAAAGUCCAUGUUCCACCUCCACCUUCUUUACAGAAAUUGAGAAAAUUCUCAUCAACUCAACAAUUGAGUACCCUUUUUUCGGAACCUUCUGUAAUAAGGCUUCCGGAUGCUUCAAUGCUAUUGAAUUCUCUAAAUUCUCGAUCUUAUCCCGUGAGUUACAAUAACCAUAAUAGAUGGGUUGAAGCUUCUGUGGCACGCAAGAGAAAUGCUUCUGGAUUUGGUUCUUCAUCUUCUUCUAUGCAUAUUAAAGUCUCCAAAACUAUUUCAGAUACCAUAAGAGGUCAAUUAGUUCCACCUCAGCUCAAGGGAAAGUGAGAUUUUUGCCAUUUGCAAUGACUGCUAUCAUUAAAUAGUCAUUUUUAGUCUUUUACAAUGGUAGAAAUGAAUUUUGUGAAUGAUGUUCACAGAAGAAAUGUUGUAACUGAAGAGAUAGGGAAGCUUUUUGUGAGGAAAAAUGUUGAAUCCACGAAGAAAUCGGUCUCACAUGAGUGAUUUCCUUUUGGUUUGAUUAUACAUUAUGGAACUUUAUCA